GCUAUAAGCUCACUCAUUGCAUUUGCUCUCAAUCAAGAUACACUCCCUCAACUCAUCACUAUUUCGUUCAUAUCCCUCUCUACUCCACUUCUCUGAAGCUCCUCUUUUUCUACGUUUUUCUGUUUUCUUCACCUUCACCGCUUCAGAGGCCACUCCUGCUGAUCUUUUUUUUUUUUUGGCUAAAAGAAUUCUUUUGAGCAGAAACUACAUCGCUUGAUUUUUUACUCCCAUUCUUUUAUUCACCCCGGUUUUUUAUUUAAAAAAAAAAAAAUCUCUCAUUUUCUCUGUUUCUUGUUUAACAAAAAAAAAAAAAAAAAAAUUGUUUUGUUAUUGUCUCUGUUUUAAUUUCAUUUGCUUUCUUUCUCCCUACUUUUCAAAUUUAAAAAAACGAGUGAAGCAGAAAGGAAAAAGGGUUGAAAAUGGUCGAGUUUGCCGCGAGUAUUGCAGGUAUUGUGGGUACUGUUCUCGGUGUUGGCAAGUGCUUUACGUACUUGUUCAACCACAAGGGCAACUUAAGUAAGCUCGAAAGAGAAGUUGGGAAGCUGAAGGUUACCAAAAAUAUAGUGGAUGUUAAGGUUGAAGAUGCUAGAAAAAAUGUGGAAGAGAUCUUAGGGACGGUUGAGCAGUGGGUAAUUAGAGUGAACUCCAUCGUUCCUGAAGCAGAUACGUUGAUUGAAGAGAGAGCAAACGUCGGAUGUUUCAACUUGAAAGCCCGCUACAGACAGAGCACGAGAGCAUCGAUAAAGGUGGAGGAUGUUGCUCAACUCCUGGAGGAACAAAAAGCAUUCGGCGAUCAGGUUUCCCGCCGUAUCAGUCAUGAAGAUACGAGGCUUAUAUUGAAUCAAGAUUACUUGGCCUUUCAAUCACGAUCGUCCACUUUGGAGGAUGUAUUGAAGGCAUUAAAUGAGGCCGAGGUGGACAUUAUUGGGGUUCAUGGGAUGGGUGGCAUCGGUAAGACCACCCUGGUCAAAGAAGUUGUAAGGCAGACGAAGGCAGACAAGCGAUUUGAUAAGGUGAUUUUUGUAGAGGUAACUGACGCUCCGAACAUAGGAAAGAUACAAGAAGAAAUUGCGAAAAAAUUAGGUUUGAAGUUUGAUGAUGAGAAGACUGAAACUGAAAGAGCAGACAAGUUAUUUGCACGAUUGAAGGAGGAGAAGACAAUCCUAAUAAUUUUAGAUAACAUUUGGGUCUAUCUUGAUCCGAAGGAACUAGGAAUUCCUAAGGGAUGUAAACUAAUGUUGACAGCAAGGGAUCAAAGCGUGUUGGGCAGGAUGGAUUCAAAGUCUUUCUCGAUUGGCCUUUUGGAGGAAGAAGAAGCUUGGAGAUUGUUCAGAAAGAUGACAGGUGAAGUUGUUGAUACGUGUGAGUUGCAAUCUCUGCCGAAAUAUGUAUGCAAGGAAUGUGGUGGUUUACCAAUUGCCAUUGUUACUGUAGCAAAGGCAUUAAAGAACAAGAGAGAACUAUCUCAAUGGAGGAAAGCCUUACAAGAAUUGAGAAGUCCUUCCCCAACAGAGUUCAAAGGAGUGCUGAAAGAGGCAUAUUCAAAGAUAGCAUUGAGUUACAAUUAUUUAGAAGGUGAGGAACUCAAGAAAGUUUUUUUGCUCUGUAGUAUAAUGACACAUGAUGCUUCCAUUUCAAAUUUGUUCAAAUUCGUUAUGGGUUUGAAUAUACUUGAAGGAAAUAAUCUUAAAAUAGAAGAAGCUCGAAAUAGACUAGAUGCGCUUCUUCAUGAACUCAAAGAAUCUUGUUUAUUACUUGGUUGUUCUUCAAGUGAACGAUUUUCUAUGCAUGAUGUUGUUCGGGAUAUUGCUAUAACAAUUUCAUGUAGAGACCAUCAUGUACUUACGGAGAGAAAUGAUGUUGAAGAUGAAUGGAAAAAUGUAGAUAUACUCAAAAAGUGUACCAAAAUCUCCUUAGCUAGUAGCAAUAUUAUUAGUGAACUUCAGGCUGAAGGUUUAGAAUGUCCAAAACUUGAAUUUUUCUAUAUGGGUAUGAAGUACCAUUCUUCUUUCAAAUUUCCUGAGAAAUUUUUCUCAGGGAUGGAAAAACUCAAAGUUUUAAGUUGGAAACGUUUUCCAUCAUCAAUUAGUCUUCCAAUAGGCCUUCAAACAUUGUGUUUGGAUAAGAGCGAAAUUAGAGAAGUUGCUAGUAUAGGAGGGUUGAAGAAACUAAAGAUCCUUAGCUUGAGUGGUUGUUAUCGUAUUAAGCAAUUGCCUGGAGAAAUAAGUCAACUAACUCAACUAAGGUUGUUAGAUUUAAGCGGUUGUCUGAAUCUUCAAGUUAUCACAGUAGAUGUCAUAUCAAGCUUAGUCCAAUUGGAAGAAUUAUACAUGGGAGGAUGCUCUGUUCUAUGGGAGGUCAGAGGACCCAAUGUUAAAAGAAGUAAUGCUAGUCUUGAGGAGUUGCUUCAUUUGCCGCAUCUCACUGCACUAGAAAUAGAUAUUAAAGAUGAGAAGAUUUUGCCAAAAGGAUUUUUCUCAAAAGAGUUGAAACGAUACAGUAUAUCAGUCGGAGAUGGGUUUCGUUGUCGUGGUUUAUCCCUUGGAUAUGAGAGGUCAUUAUUUGGUGAGAGCGUUGAUGGGUUUCGUCGUUGUGGUUUAUCCCUUGGAGACGAGAGGUCAUUAUUUGGUGAGAGCGUUGAGUCUAUUCAAAACAAGGGUUCAAGAAGAAUCAAAAUGAAGCUUAAUUCUUCCAUUUGCUUGGAGGAAUUGCAAAGGAUCAAGAAUGUUGAAUCCUUAUGUUUGGAUGAAUUGCAGAAUGUCAAGAAUGGUCUUCAAGAAUUAGACAAUGAUGGUUUUUCACAAUUGAAACAUCUCCAUGUCCAAAAUAAUCCUAACUUCUUGUGUUUAGUUGACUCAACAAAAUGCGUAACUGCCUUCCCCCUCUUGGAGUCACUAAUUCUUUUCAAUAUGAUUAAUUUGGAGAAGAUAUGUAAUGGUCAACCAAGAACAGAGUCCUUCUGCCAUUUAAAAUUCAUAGAAGUGAAAGGUUGUCAUAAAUUGACAAUUCUCUUCUCUUUUUCCCAUGCCAAAAUUCUUCCACAACUUCAAAGACUUAGAGUGGACGAUUGCAGGAAUGUGAAAGAGAUUUUUGCUAUUGAAAGAGAAGAUAAUGUCAACAAUGGGAGCGAUAAGAUUGAGUUCUUUCAAUUACGCUUCCUAACUCUGAAACAUCUUCGGAGGCUUGCAAGCUUCUGCUCAGGAAUGACUACAACAUCGGCAUCACAAUCGAGACAUGAUGAAUUGACAUUGUUUGACGAAAAGCUUGUUAUCUCCAAUUUGGAGGCUUUAGAAGUUGAAGAUAUAGAAUCUGAAAUGAUUUGGUGCAGUCCAACAUUCAUGACAUCAUUCUAUCAUAAUUUAACAAGCUUGACCGUGCUGGGCUGUAGAAAACUAAAAUACAUAUUUCCAGCUUCUAUGGUUCAAAGCUUUAAGCACCUCCAAAACCUUCAGAUUUGCAGAUGCAGAGAUUUAAAGGAGAUUAUUGCUCAUGGAGCAGAAGAAACUCCUAAGUUUGUCUUUCCGCGGUUAAAGUUUCUAAAACUUGACAACCUACCAGAGCUUACAACUUUUUACCCUGGAAGGCAUACUUUGGAGUGGCCUUUGUUAGAGAAGUUACGGGUUUGUGAUUGUAAAAAAGCAAAGAUAUUCACUUCAAAAUGUGGUAGCUCCAAUGAAAAUAACACGGAGGCCCAAUUUCAUAAUUCAGAGCCAGCCCUCUUCUUGAUUGAAAAGAUCAACCCGGAUUUGAAGGAAUUGAUAGUGUAUAGCAUGAUUCCACUUGGAAUCCUUAAAAGAUUUAACAACCUAGAAAAGCUCAAACUAGAGGGGGGUUCAGACGAAGUAUUAUGCUCAUGUAAAGAAGAAGAGAAAAAUAUUGAAAUGCCAAUACAAAUAAAACAUUUAGAGCUGGAUCAUCUUUAUCAACUGAAGUACUUUUGGAAAGAAGACUGCAAGCUGGAUCCUGUUCUUCUGUUUCAAAAUCUUACCCAUCUGAGAGUAACAGAUUGCCAUAAAAUAGAGAUGAACUUAAUAACACCUUCAGUUGCCAGAAGUUUGCUGCAAUUGAGGGAAAUGAGUAUCUGCAAAUGCGAUAUGAUAAUAGAAGUAGUAGGAGAUGAGAGAAAUGCAGCAAAAGAUGAGAUUGGUUUUCCCAAACUGAAGUCGCUGUCACUUUAUGAUUUAGAAAAUCUGGUGUGCUUCUACUCUGGGAAUUGCAUUUUAAAAUUCCCAUCGUUAGAAGAAUUAAAAGUGAUGCUUUGCCGCAAUAUGAAGACUUUCUCUCAAGGGGUCUUGAGCGUACCAAAGUUACAGAAGGUAGAGGGAUUUAUGGAAAAGCUGUGGGAGGGUGAUCUUAAUUCAACUAUACAACAAAUCUUUGAAAAAAUGCAUUCCUUUGAUGCGAAGGAGAACAUCAAGCAAAUAUGGCGAGGCCAAGUUCCAAAUGAACCUGAGGCUGAUCAAGUGAAAGCUGUUGAGAUAUUUAAAGACAAAUCAACAAGCAUUCCAGUUGAAAUCAUUAAGAUGUUUCACAAGCUUGAAAACCUUGAACUAAAAGCAAGUUCAUACAAAGAGUUGUUCUUAUGUGGAGAUGACGACAAAUGUGCUGGGGCAUUCACACAGUUAAAAAUUUUGGAAGUCCUUUAUUGUCGCAAUCUGAUCACUCUACUGCCAUCUUCUACAUCGUUUGAAAAUUUAACAACUCUGAAAGUACAAUAUUGUAAGGGAUUGAGGAGCUUAUUGACAUCAUCAACAGCAAAAAGUCUGGUGCGACUCGAAAAAAUGACAAUAAAACAAUGUGAAAUGCUUACAGAAGUAGUAGCAAAUGGGGGAGAUGUGGAGAAAGAUGUAGUUUUCAGGAAACUGGAGAGUUUGUCACUUGAUUGUUUAGAAAAUCUCACAAGCUUCUGCUCUGGGAAUUACAACUUUAAAUUCCUGUCACUGAACAGAUUAAUUGUGCAUGAUUGUCCCAAGAUGGAGACUUUCUCUGGAAGAGUUUUAAGCACACCAAAGUUACAGAAAGUGGAAAGAUACAAGUAUGAUUAUAAUGGGUGUUGGGAUUAUGAUCUCAAUACAACCAUAAAACAAUUACAAAAAAUGGUCGUUUUCCCCGAUAUGGGGUGCACUGAACUGAUGUCAUUGAAGGAAUUUGCUGAAACGUUAUGUGACAUCCAGCUUCUGAUGUCAACAUCUUCCUCGUAUCGUAAUAUAACAUGCUUGAUUUUGAAGGGUUUUAAAAAGCUGAAAUAUAUAUUUUCAUCUUCUCUAGUAAAAGGCUUUGAACAGCUUCAACAACUUGAGAUAAUAGAUUGUGUAGCUUUAAAGGAGAUUGUUACGAUGGAAGAAAUAGAAACAACUUUUACGUUUGUCUUUCCACGGGUAACAUUUUUAAAAUUCAAGAACCUACCAGAACUUGCAACAUUUUACUUUGGAAGACAUACUUCAGAAUGGCCGUUGUUAGGAAAGUUACAGGUUUGUGAUUGUAAAAAGGUAAAGAUAUUCACUUCAGAAUAUGGUAGCUCCAAUGAAAACAACACAGAGGCCCAAUUUGAUAUUUCAAAGCCAGCCCUCUUCUUGAUUGAAAAGAUCAACCCUGGUUUGAAGGAAUUGAUAGUGGAUGGCAUGAUUUCACUUGGAAUCCUUCAAAGAUUUAACAACUUAGAAAAGCUCAAAGUAGACGGGAGUUCAAACAAAGUAUUAUUCUCAUGUAAAGAAGAUUGCAAGUUGGAUUCUAUUCUUCUUUUUCAAAAUCUUACCCAUCUGGAAGUAACCCGUUGCCAUGGAAUAUUGAUGAACUUAAUAACACCUUCAGUUGCCAGAAGUUUGCUACAAUUGAGGGAAAUGACAAUCAACAGAUGCGAUAUGAUAAUAGAAGUAGUAGAAGAUGUGAGAGAUGCAACAAAAGAUGAGAUUGAUUUCCCCAAACUGAAGUCGCUGUCACUUGAUUAUUUAGUAAAUCUAGUGUGCUUCUACUCUGGAAAUUGCAUUUUAAAAUUUCCAUCUUUAGAAGAAUUACACGUGAGUCGAUGCCCCGAUAUGAAGACUUUUUCUCAAGGAGUCUUGAGCGCACCAAACUUACAAAAGGUAGAGGGAGAUUGGGGAGAGUGGUGGGAGGGCAAUCUUAAUUCAACUAUACAACAACUAUACAAAAAAAAGCAUUACUUCUAUCCGAAGGCACUGACAUUAAUUGAAAAGGACAUCAAGCAAAUAUGUCGAGGCAAAUUUCCAGAACAUGAGUUUGAUGAUGUGAAAACUCUUACGAUCGCUAAAGACAAAUCAACAAGCAUUCCGAUUGAAACCCUUGAGGCGUAUCACAAGCUUGAAAACCUUAGACUAAAAGAAGGUUCAUACAAAGAGUUGUUCUCUUGUGGAAAUGAUGAUAAACGUGCUGGCGCAUUCAUACAGUUAAAAAUUCUGGAAGUCGUUCAUUGUCACAAUUUGACCACUCUACUGUCAUCUCCUAUGUCGUUCAAAAAUUUGACAACUCUGGAAGUACGAUAUUGUAAUGGAUUGAGGAGCUUAUUGACAUCGUCAACAUCAAAAAGUUUGGUGCAACUUCAAGAAAUGGCAAUAAAACAAUGUGAAAUGCUUACAGAAGUAGUAGCAAAUGGGGGAGAUGUAGAAAAAUAUGUAGUUUUCAGGAAACUAGAGAGUUUGUCACUUGAUUGUUUAGAAAAUCUCACAAGCUUCUGCUCUGGGAAUUACACUUUCAAAUUCUUGUCUUUGCAAAGAUUAAUUGUGCAUAAUUGUCCCAAGAUGGAGACUUUCUCUGGAGGAGUUUUAAGCACACCGAAGUUGCAGAAAGUAAAAAGACAUGGGGAUCUUCAUAGAUUUCCGGCUGCUGAUGUUUUUGGGUGUUGGGAUUAUGAUCUCAAUACAACCAUAAAACAAUUACAAAAAAUGGUCGUUUUUCCUGAUAUGAAGGUCCCAAAAUUGAGUUCAACGUUAUUGGACAUCCAGCAUCUGACGUCAACGUCUUCCUCUUAUCGUAAUAUAACGCACUUUAUUUUGUUCGGUUUUCAUCAUCUGAAUUAUGUAUUUCCAUCUUCUCUAGUAAAAUGUUUUGAACAACUUCAACAACUUGAGAUAAGAUGGUGUCAGGUUUUAAAGGAGAUUGUUACGAUGGAAGAAGUAGAAACAACUUCUACGUUUGUCUUUUCACGAGUAACCACUUUAAUACUUGAAAACUUAUCAGAACUUACAUCUUUCUGUCUUGGAAAACAUACAUCGGAGUGGCCGGUUCUAACGACUUUGGAGGUGUAUAAUUGUGACAAAGUGAAGACUUUCACUUCAGAACAUCUGAGCUUCCAUAAGGACAGUGAAGAAGCCCACUCUCUCUUGUUAGUGGAAAAGAUCAAUUCAAUUUGGAGGCAUUGAGAUUGACCGAAAUAGACAGCGUGAUGGCAUGGCAGGGCCCAUUUUCAGAAAACUUCUUUGCAAACUUAAACUUCUGAGAUCAUGUCCACAAAUGCACCAGUUGGAAUCCUUCAAAGGUUUAAGAAUCUAGAAACGGUCAAACUAAAUAAGAUUCAAAGCAUAGAAAUAUUCUUAUGUGGAGAGGAUGAGAAA